UUGGCUUUGGUUUGUUUUUAUGGAAAACAUUUUAUAAAAAUGGAUAUUGAGAAGAUUUGUUUGACCUGUUUGAGUUUAUCGGGUCCAUUUCUAUCAAUCUACGAUGGAGGCUCUGGCAGCGGUAAUUGCUUAGCCGAUAUGUUAAGCGACUUCACCAAAACAAAGCCCAAACGUCAGAAUAAUUUACCCGAAAAGGUUUGCCUUAGUUGCCUGAGCGAGAUAAAUCACUGCUAUUCGUUUAAAAUCAAAUGCGAAAACUCAAGUCGAACUCUACGCCAACUGUUGCCCGAUGCCUUGCCCGAAGAGCAAGACCAGGUGGCUCCAAAGCUACAAGUGGUCACCAAAGAGCAGGAAGUUCAGGCCACUGCAAGUCCCGUGAAAAUGACUUCAAUUGAAAUCCAAACAGAUGAGAUUCCCGUGCUUGAAACUAUUCAUCAGGAGAUCAAGAUUAAUACUAGCUCAGUGAUUGAAGAUCCGCGUGAGGAUGAUGAAGCAGAUCAGGGUCAGGAUUUCGAGUACGAGCUAGCCCAACAUGACGCACCCAGCAACACGGAGAAGAAUGAUGGUCAUAUGAAAUAUGAAACCGUAGUGGAUAAAAUAGCAAAUGAAUAUAAUUUCUCUAUAUUUAACAACGCAAAUGGAGAGACAGAGAUUUCGCCAGCACCCCUACCACCGCCAAGUCCAAUGCAGGUUACCACCCGUAAGAGUGCAGCCAAAUUAUUGAACCAACAAAAGGAGGACCAACAAGAGAUGACCCAGCCAGCAAUACCGCAAGAAACAACGGAGGAAUUUCCGGCUCCAUCAUCAAAGCGUUCAACCAGACGUCGUGCCGCGGAGAAACAAGAGGAGCAAGCUGAAGUUUCGCCAUCAAAACGUUUGCGCAAAUCGCUAAAUACCACUACAGCGGCAACAGCAGGACCAACUGGAGGAGGGGUAACAGGAGCAGCAAUGGCUGCAGCUGAAUUAAAGUACCACUGCGAUCGCUGCCAGGCUGGCUUUGCCUUGGAGAAGUCCUUGAGUAUACAUCGCCGACAAAAUGGUUGUACGAAUCGUAAUUUCAAAUGUCAAGAUUGUGAUAAGGUUUUCGUCUCGCAAGAUCAUCUGGUGGAGCAUCAAGCAACUCAUGGCACUUACAAUUGCCAAGAGUGUGGCAUGCGAUGCGAAUCGAAAGAGCAAUUGGGCAGGCACAUGGUGCAGGGGCACAAGCGGAACUUAAGGAAUCAAUGCUCAGUUUGUCAGAAGGUUUUCACCAUGUUAUCCACAUUGCGGGAUCAUAUGCGUAUCCAUACGGGCGAGAAGCCAUUCGUGUGCAAUAUUUGUGGCAAGAGUUUCACUCAAAAUGCCAACCUACGGCAGCACAAAUUGCGUCACUCGGAAACAAAAAGUUUCAAGUGCGAUCAAUGCUCAAAUUCAUUUGUAACCAAAGCAGAAUUAACCUCCCACAUUCGUACCCACACGGGUGAUAAGCCCUUUGAGUGCGAUGUCUGCUUGGCCAAGUUCACCACCAGCUGCUCUUUGGCCAAACACAAACGUAAACACACUGGAGAAAGACCCUAUGCAUGUGAAAUGUGUCCCAUGCGUUUCACUGCCUUGAAUGUCCUCAAAAAUCAUCGUCGCACUCACACGGGGGAACGUCCUUAUGUCUGCAUGUUCUGUCCAAAGAGUUUUACCCAACGUGGCGAUUGUCAAAUGCACCAAAGAUCAUGUGGCGAUAAGUUGUAUGUCUGUUCCCGUUGCAACGAGAGUUGCAAGACGAUGGCCGAAUAUCGCAAACAUUUGGCCAGUCACGAUCAGGAACAGGAGCAGCAAGCACAGCCUGGCAAGCCAGUAGUCCAUCAUUUCACAUUAUUUAGCAACAAGGAAAAUGGUAAUGCUGGCCUCGAGGAAGUCACGGAUGAAGAGGCAGACGACAAUGAUGAUGAAGAGGAGGAGGAAGUUGACGAAGAGGCAGCUUUGUUGCUUUAAAUUUGAGAGCAGGGAAAUUGGUUGAAAAUCAUUUUAUAUUUUGUAUAUACUUGCCAGAUCGGGGAAUAUUCUUGAGAGAUUUAAUCUAGGUAGUGCUUUUUUUGUAGAAUUUUCCAAUUAAUAUUCAUUUUCUUUUCGUAUCAAAAUCUUUUUUAUUGCAUUGAGUUUUGUAACUUUUUCGAACAUGUUUUAUUUACAAUUUUAUACAUUUAUUUUUUGUCUUUAAUUUCAUCCAACAUAAAUCUAUAUUUUCAAGUUAAAACUGUAAGUUUCGAAGUAUACUGUGCAAAAGAAAAGGUAAAGCAGGCCCUAAAGCAAUAUACAGUUCAGAUACAUAUACAUAUAUAUAAUCCCCGUAACUCCUAAAGGUAACGGUGAACUUUAAUAACUAUAGUCAGAUUGCUCAAUAUAUAUAUAGAUAGCUAGUAUCGAAAUGCGAUACAGUUUGUUAUAUCACACUUCUUUUUCAUAUAAAUCAUACAUAGUUACCAAAUAGUAUAUCAGAUGUCUAUAAUAUAUUUUGCAACUCCCACACAUACAGAUAUAAGUAGAAUGAUCGAUCUAGUAGGUAUAUAUAUUAUAUUUGCAAUUUAAAACAAACCCCGAUUUUCCUCUAACUUGGACUCGUGUUUCUUUCUGUAGGUGUUGUUUUCCCUGUGGGAAUUAUUUUUAAAUUAAGGAUAAAAAUGUUUAAUUUUAAGUUUUUUUAGCUUUUAACUUAUACUAAAAAAUAGUUGUACGAGUAAUUUGUAGUUUACACAAUGAAAAAUAUCUUAUAUUAAA